CUUAUCACGGCCUUGAGCGUAUGACAUUUCCGAAGGCUGUUUUCUUCGGAGAUUCUCUAACCCAGUUUGGUUGGACUCAUGAAGGCGGCUGGCUAUCUAUCCUGGCAUCAACUUUUGUCAGGAAGAUAGAUAUUGUUGGAAGAGGCUAUUCUGGUUAUAACACUCGUUUGUGCAAACCAUUACUUCCAAUCCUCUACCCAAAUAAGGACUCACUAAAGGAUUGUAAAUUUUUCACUAUUUUUCUCGGAGCUAAUGAUGCUUGUGUCACUCCACAACAGCAUGUACCAGUUGAAGAAUAUAAAAGUAAUCUAAGUUGGAUGAUUGAAUAUAUUCAUAAGUUGGACGUGCCUAUGGAUCACAUUUCACUAAUCAGUUUACCUCCUAUUGAUGAGAAUAAAUGGGGUGCCAUUGAAAUAGCUAAAGGAAGAGCAAUUACACGAAGACUAGAUACCUGUGCGACCUAUGCAGUUGCAUGUCAAGAGGUAGCCAAGGUCAAUGAAGUUAGUUUUGUAAAUUUAUAUGAAGCUAUGUUAAUGCAAAAGAAUUGGGAGUCUUUUCUUUCAGACGGUUUACACUUUUCUAGAAAAGGAUCUGAGUUUUUGGCAAGGAUCUUAGAAGACUUACUUAUGGAUAAAUUAGGUGACUUGAAGUGGUGGUUUCCGGAUUGGAAAGUUAUAAACCCGAACGACCCAGCGGAGUUUAUCAGUCACUAUCUUCAGUCCCAAAUCUGAUGUUUUCUGAGUGACGAAAGACUUCUACGUGGCUUCACUAACUAUACUUAUUUAGAUACAUUGUGAUUGUUUCAAUUGUCUUUAUUUGUUAGUUCUUAUGUAAAGAUUUUACACUUAUUUGGAAUAUAGAUCAAUGUAAAUUUG